AUGGCGGAUUCGAGCUCCAAUAAGGAACUAUACACUCCACCAAGUCGAAGAGGUCAGGACGCAGGAACCAAGAAACCGACUGGGAAUCACAAGAAGGGAGGAGAUCGAGAUAGUGGCCAACAGAACAAAGAUGGUGAGAAAAGUCAGCCUCAGAUUCAGAAGACUCCUCAAAGGAUCAUUACUCUCAAGGACUGCUCUAAGAGUGAAGCUUAUCAGCUUUUGAGCCAACGCUGGGCAACUGCAAUGCAUCUCUACAACGACCCGACUGUGGAUUUAUCUGAACGACCAAUCAUGUACUAUGGAGGGAGUGUUUGGGGUAAACUACCUCACCAGAUCCUGGCUUCAGCGAACAAGACAUUGCCUCCUCCAUCGGAUUACCUACCUGAUGUGCGACGCAGAGGAUUGCUGACUCCAAAACCAAGAUAG